AUGUUGUUCCUUACCCUCUGGUUUUUAACUCCUCUGAUCAGCAGCAUCCGUACAGAGUGUGGCCUCAGACCAUCUUACUGGCCUUCUCAGGGGAAUGGAGAAAGGAUCAUAGGAGGGACAGAUGUCGAGGCUGGUGAUUUCCCCUGGCAAGUAAGCAUCCAGAGCAAAGGGAAACAUUUCUGUGGAGGCACCAUCAUCAGCAGCUGGUGGAUUUUAACUGCGGCACAUUGCUUUGUGAAAGAGCUGCCACCAGAUCUUACUGUUGUCCUGGGGGGAGUAGACCUCAGCCACAAGCUGGAAAACAAAAAGCUGGACAGCUUGAUUCUCCAUGAAAACUUUGACAGUGAGAGCAUGGAAAAUGAUAUUGCUUUGAUCCUGCUUGACUCUCCCAUCCAACUCAAUGAACAGAAAAUGCCCAUCUGCUUGCCCUUCAUAAGCGACCUCCACGUAUGGAAAGACUGCUGGGUUGCUGGAUGGGGCACCACACUUGCAGGGAUUUCAGUGUCAGCAUCCCAGGUGCUGCAGAAAGUGGAGAUGAAGCUGAUCAGCAGGGAGCAGUGCUUGGAGUGGAUCCCGCAGCUAGCAGACAACAUGCUGUGUGCUGGCCUUGAGGAAGGAGGAAAAGAUGCCUGCCAGGGGGACAGCGGGGGACCACUGGUUUGCACCCAUGGGAAUACCAUGAAGUGGUUUGCCAUCGGUAUCGUCAGCUGGGGAGAAGGUUGUGGAGAAAAGCAAAGCCCUGGGAUCUACACCGCUGUUUACAGCUACCUUGGCUGGAUCCAGGCAGAGACAGCCAGAGAUGGGAAACCUUUUAUCCCAGAAGGCAUGGAAAAUGCUGCAAAUAACAUUCAAAUUCCUUCCAGUGCUAAGGCGCAGCUGAAGUUUCUUGAGUCUCCUCUCCUUUUGUUUAUCUAUUUUAUAGCAAUUAGAUUACUCUAGAGAAGAUUUUUCAAAACAUAAUAAAAG